CCAACCAUGAAGUCUUUCUCCCCCGUUGCUCUGGCCUUGAUGGCCGCCUUUGGCAUGGUCGCCGCUGAGGACCCUUCUGCCUCUGAGUGUGCUUCUAUGUGUCUCUCCAACAUGAGCAAGCAGGCCGCCGACUUGGGUUGCAAGGCUGGUGACCUCGCCUGCCUGUGCAAGAGCGAUAACUACAAGUUCGGUAUCCGUGACUGCACCAAGGAGGCCUGCCCCAGCGACGAUGCCGAGAAGGUUCUCGCUAUGGCCAUCGCCAAGUGCCCUGGCGGUGUUGCUGGCUCUGACGCCAGCUCCAGCUCUUCCGGAUCUGGCUCUAGCUCCACCUCCGGCUCCGACUCCAGCUCUACCUCGGGCUCUGGCUCCGGUGACUCCACUGCCACUGGCUCUGACGCCAGCGUGACUGGCACCGGCGCAGCUGGCUCCAAGACUGCCACCGGCUCUGACGCCAGCGCUACUGGCACUGAUGCCUCUGGCUCCAAGACUGCCACCGGCUCUGACGCCAGCGCUACUGGCACUGGCGCCUCUGGCUCCGGUGUUAGCGGCACUGCUACCGCCACUGGCUCCGUUUCCACCGUCACCAGCACUGACGCCUCCGGCUCCAUGGUGACCAGGACCAGCACUGGCGCAUCUUCCACCUCCACUAGCUCCGGCAGCGGCUCUGACUCCGAGUCUGGCUCCGGCUCCAACUCUGGCUCCGGCUCCGACAGCUCUGCUUCUAGCUCUGCCGGCGCUGCUUCUUCCACCACCAGUGAUGGUGCCGCUGCCCCCAUGGCCACUGUUGGCAGUGGUGCUAUGGGUGUCCUCGGCAUGCUCGCUAUCCUCGCUCUGUAA